AAACGCGACACCGUGGCGUUUCGCGGACAAACGUCGCUCCUCUGUUUUUCCCAAGCAAAUCCAGUUUUUUCGCGGCUUCUUGACGGUCCAGAAAAUCCGGAGACGGCGCUGUGCUCAGCGCGGUGGGUCGCGAAGCACAACGCCCGGGUGUGAGCACUUUGAGGCGUCGUGAGGCUUCCGCUGAAAGGCUCUGCGGGUCCUGGCGCCUCCUCUCAAUUUCACCGUUGACCCAGUCUCUCAAAGCCUUUUUCACAGGCUCUACUUCAAUAGUUUCACAUGCCUUCCACCUGCACUUAAACGGCUGCAGCAACCCUGUAGGUAUAUAUAUAUAUAUUGGUUGAGACAUUUAAGUCUCUAGGCUACUGAAUGCAACUUCGUUCAAGGAAUACAGACCACCGCGUCCUCCAGGAGUGCUGUGGACUAUCACCUCACUAGACUGCGAAAUGCCAGGAUUUUAUGUCGGGUGAUGCAACUAUCGAAAAUGCAGUAUUGAAUACGCGAUUCAAAUGACACAGGGAAGAACUGUGGGUUCGUUUCAACGGCAAGGACGAAGAACCUGAUAGUUCGUGCAUCAUCAACGGAGUCACAUGCAGCAGCCUAGCCAUUACAGUGUCUGUGUGUACUCGAUUUGAGUUCUGCAGUUCUCGAUCGCAAGACAUGCGCACCGCGUUUCUCCUCUCUGCACAGGAGCGCUUCAUUUGCAUGCGUUCCCCGUUUUCGUGACGUGAUGUUCAGGAAAAACCUGUGUGAACCGGCCACAGUGAUCCUUGACCAGAUCCGUUUUUUCCGGUUCUCUUCGAGGCGGGAAGGUCGAAGGCCCCCAGGGAGGUGCGAGUGCAUUUCCUCGUCUGCCGAGGCUCUUUCUGCGUCUCGUGGAUUCACACCUCCAGCUGCGUAUGACUUGUUUGAAAUGCUGCUGCUUCUGCGGUGCCUCUGUAGAUACACAUUAGUUGCGAGAGGCACAUGGGUCCUUCGUCCUAUCUGCAGGACGGCAAUCUACACACUGCCAGUUUAAUUUCAGAUGCGGACUGCAGGAAAGCCGAAAAGACGCUUCGUUUCCAAUCCACGAGUGGAAAACGACUUUCUCCCCAUGCAGAGGCCGCCUUCCCCGAAAGGGUUUCGACUCGCCACCCAUGCCUCUCGCAGUGCACACACACCGCAGGCAGGCCGUCCUCUCCGCUGCAUGUAAACAGGUUGGCCUCUACUACAUCUUUAUUUGAAUGCGAUUGUCACAAUCUCACCUGCGUAGACACACUAGCGAACCGGAGGGAAGCGAUCAAAAGUCGACGCAACUCACUAGCGUCGACGCACUCGUGA